GUCGAUGACCAAGACAGCAACAACAACAACAACAACAACAUAAAUAAAUUCAAUUUAAAAACGUUCGAUUUUCGAGUUUACAUUCCACAGUUGGAAAUUUCCAAUUUUUGGAUUCGACUAAAAAAUUUUUUUUUUACCCAAGAAAAUAAAAUGUCCACUACAUCAACAGUGAAUAUCGUUGAACGUGAUCUUCAACAGCUAAUCAAACAAGCUCGACGAUUACCAACGGAUGAUCUUGAACCAUGUAAAGAUUGGACCAGACAAGAAAUGGUACGUGCACAGAAAUUGUAUGAAAAAAUUAAUCGUAUGGUCAUACAAUCAACGCCGGUUAUAUCAUCGGAUCUGUUUAAUGAAGCACGUGAAUGUUGUAAUCAGCUUGAUUUAUGGAUCAAUCGUUUAGAACAGAAUCUUAAAUCAGCAAAUCAUUCUACAUAUCAUACAUUGGUCGAUUUAGGCAAAGCAAAUCAAUCACGUUAAUCAUGAUGACUAUUUUACAUAAUGGACAUUCAAAAAAUUUCAAAAUCCUGUCCACAGGUCAUCAUCAUUGCUUAUUUUUGAUUCUAAAUAAAUUCAAAAU